AUGCAACUUCGCCAGUUGCUGGUGUUGAUCCGCAAAGUUCGCCAUGAGCCGAACCUUGCCGGAGAAGGGCUGACGGCGGCCUUUGCGGUCCGGCGAGUCCUAAAAUCGGGACUCCCAAUGCCAGGCAAGGACACCCAGGGAUCCGAAAGUCGCCGGAAACAUGGGUCUCUUCUUGCAGUGCCUUCCGUGCCUUCAGUGCCUCCAGUGGCCCCACCCGACGGCAAAUUCCCACUACGUCUACCACCCCUAUCGAACCUCAUUGAGCACAUUGAGAGUGAGUCGGGAAACGAGCUGCUGAAGCUGAAUUUCGCCAGGCCGUUUCGGAACACACCGCAUUGGCAAAGGCCUGCACCUUCCUUUCAUGUCUUCGAAAGUCUAUUCCGCCCGAAAGUGGGCGUGGUUUCGGAGCUUCGCACCCGGCUGCGGACGACCCCGCCGAAGGAGCCGGGCUUCUCUAUGUACUUUCGCGUCUCUGCAGGUUUGCUGCAAAUCGCCUUCGCAAGCAAGCCCUUGCGGCGGCUGCCUGUGCUCGACCCUUCGAUGCGUCUGAAGAAGCUGCUGACACUGCCCCGUAGCUUCAGGCAGCAAAGGCAGCCCUUGGACACGAAGGCAGCCGAUGACGUGGAAACCCAGGCACUUGCGCCCAGCUUGCAGCGUUGGCGGCGCGUGGAGGAUUCCGAGGUGGACACAUGGUACGAUCUGCCAGUGGCACUCGGAGUGCAGAGCUCGCGCGACUCUGUGGAGGACGGGCAAGACGAGCUCAUCGAGCCGAGGCGACGCUCACCCGUGGCCCCUGCGCAGAAGCCGGAUGGACAUGACGGGCCUGGAAACUUCAUCUGCGCCAUGGCCGGGGCGAUUCAGAUGAGCAAGAACAAGUGGAUGAAGUGGAAGUACGUUGAACAGCUGGCUGCCAACAGCGCCGCGCUGCAGACCUUGUCACUGGAGAAGCAGUGGGGAGGGCUUGGGUCACGUCCCGGUGCCACGACCCUUCAAGGGCUGAGCCGGCUGCUGACCAACGCAUCCCCAAGUCGAACGAUUCUGCUGGGGAUGUCCUUGGGUUCCCUGCACGCGACGCGCUGUGCGGAAAUCGUCGAGUCCGCAACGAAUGACCAAAUGCGUGCGGUGGUGCUCUGGGACCCCCGCUUGCCAUCGGGGAGUACUUUCAGGCCCCUCAACAUCUCGGACGAGUACAUCCACCGCAAGAUCGGGUAUGACCACUACUUCCCCGAGAUGCCCUGGCCAGCUUGCCGAGUUGCAGCAUCUGCCCUCCUUCUUCGUGUUGGAUUCUACGAGCAAGAAGACGUGGAUGUUGAUGGCCUCCUGGAAUAUGAUUACUCUGCAUAUUCAACAUCGGCCAUCGGCUUCCAAGCGCUCCAAGCAGCAUCCCUAAAGGACAGCGACCACAUGUGCACCUACACCCGUGACUUGUGGGACGUAACGCGGUUGCUGCCUUUGGCCGUGUCCGGGCCACCAGCCACCUCGGAAUCCAGCACAUCCACCAGGCCGCCGGCAACUUCGGAAUCCAGCACAUCAUCCAGGAGAAGGUUUGGAAUGAGCACUGGUACGUGA